AUGGCCAUCCCCGACUUCAGCCGCGUGCAUCCCGCCUCGCACUCCCCGCCGGGCACGCCGACAUCCUCGGGAUAUCCCCAGCUCCCGCCCAGUGUCGCAGCCCAGAUCGCCGCCAUCGUGCGUGACGCUGUUCCUUCUAUCCCCCUCGCAUCUUCGGCAAGUCUUGAGAAGAGCGUCAUCGACGUGCAAGCUCAACUCCGACAGACCGAGGAGAGGCUCGCUGCUACCGAACAGAGACUGCAGAGCUUGACGUACGCCACGAGGGUCCAGGCGAUUGUCGUUGCCGCGGCGGCGGUUGCUGUUGCUGGAUCUGUCUGGCUCGGCCGCCGUGCUCCGUGA